GUGGUUUGCGUUGACGUUUCUAGCUCGCAUGUUUACUGGGAAAAGUAUUGUUAAAAUCCUGAAACUAGUAACCGUCAAUGUUGUCUUCGUAAGAAGUGCCGCUACGGAUUCUUUGAUCCCAGUUACAGAUCACCACGAGAUGUCGCUACAGCGUCUGACGGCGCUCCGCUCGCUCAUGGCGAGUCAGCCCACUGUGCUCGCGGCCUAUAUAGUGCCCACAGCAGACGCACACAAUUCAGAGUACAUAGCAGCGGUAGACGCUCGCAGGGAAUGGCUGUCAGGGUUCACGGGUUCAGCCGGGACAGCCGUGGUGACUGGGACCGCGGCCCUAUUGUGGACCGAUGGCAGAUACUACACGCAGUUCGAGAAGGAGACGGAUGCGGACGUCUGGACGUUGAUGAAGCAAUCUUUACCCGAUACACCUUCGAUAGAGAAAUGGUUGUGCAGCAACCUCACGGAGGGCGCUAGAGUGGGGGCAGACCCGUUUGUCAUGACCAAGGACCUAUGGACUACCCUGCAGAUGGCUCUAGUCAAAGCCAAUAUGCAUCUGGUGGCCGUUCCAAAUAACCUGGUAGACGAAGCGAGGGUUCACUUGAAUGACUUAGCACCAGCAAGACCGAAUAACGCUAUUGUCCCGCUACCAAUGAAAUAUACAGGUCAAUCCGCUGGGGAUAAAAUAAAAAUAUUACGAGAGAAAAUGGUGGAGAAGAAGGUAGCUGCCUUGGUAAUCACGGCCUUAGAUGAGGUUGCAUACACUUUAAACCUGCGCGGCAGCGAUAUCCAAUACAACCCCGUGUUCUUUUCGUACCUGGUGAUUACCCCAUCUUCUGUGGUAUUAUUCUGGGGAGACGGGAGUUUACCCCACGAUGUGGAGAAACAGUUGACUGUAGAAGGGGUAAAAGUGGAAGGGAGGGGGUAUGGGGAGGUUGUGACGUAUUUACAACAAUUAGCGCAACAAGAAGCAGGCGAUGGCAACAGAUCAGUAUGGCUGUCCUGCGACGCCAGCGAAGCUAUACACGUUGCUGCCUCUGGGCGUGACGUCAUGGAGAAGCCAUUGAAUUUGAUAUCAGAAGUGUCUCCGGUAGCGCUGAUGAAACUUAUUAAGAACGACGUGGAAUUAGAGGGUUUCCGCGCUUGCCACAUCCGGGAUGGGGUUGCAGUGGUACGCUUCUUCAAUUGGCUCCACAACCAUUUGGGCGCUAACAAGAUCGUUACCGAAGUACAAGCUACGGAUAAAUUGCUUGAAUUCCGCAAAGAAGAAGAGGAUUUCAUGGGUCCAUCAUUCGACACCAUAGCCGGGGCAGGGGCAAACGGGGCAAUAAUACACUACACUGCGUCCCGGGAGGGUCCACAAACACCCAUACUCAACGACCAGAUGUUCCUAUUGGACUCCGGGGGACAAUACAGGGAUGGUACAACAGACAUCACUAGAACUAGACACAUGAGCGGUACUCCAACUCCUGACCAGAAGGAUGCCUUCACUAGAGUUCUGAAAGGGCAGAUGGCGAUUGGCAGCGCGUUAUUUCCACAAGGUGUUAAGGGUAACGUCCUAGAUAGUUUCGCUCGUAAAUCCUUGUGGGACGUCGGGCUGGACUACGGGCACGGGACGGGGCACGGCGUGGGACACUUCCUCAACGUGCACGAGGGGCCGUCCGGUGUGUCCUGGAGACCUUGCCCCCACGAUCCCGGGUUAAAACCGGGACAGAUAUUGAGCAAUGAACCUGGGUACUACAAAGUCGGUGAAUACGGGAUACGCCACGAGGAUCUGGUAGUGACUAUAGCUGUCACUAAAGAUUCCGAGCACCCCAGGGCCAAGAAUUUAAGGGGUGAUAUGGAAGGAAGGGGUGUACUGGGCUUUGAAACCAUUACGAUGGUACCCAAUCAACGGGAGUGUAUUGACGUCAAUCUGUUGGACGAUUUCGAGUUGGCAUACUUGAAUGCGUAUCACAAACGUGUAUUUGACACAUUGGCGCCAAUUUUGAAGGCAAGAAACUUAACCCAAGACCUGAGUUGGCUGGAGAAGGAAUGCAAACCAAUGUACAGGGAAUAACAGACCUUAUUGCUGGCUGCGGAAGGACCGGAUUUUAUCGCAGAUGUAUUCUACACAGGUGUUGACUAACCGCGGG